AUGGAGAUUGACUUUGAAGAAUAUCAAAUUAAAAAAGAAAAUCAACUUGAUAUCAGCAUGACGAUCACAAUGAUCAUAAAUGUGAAGAUAGUCAAGGUAAUCAAUGGUAUUCAUAUUAGUAAAAACGAAGGUGAUAUUAUAGUUAUUGGGGAAGCAAAUAAUAGUGGUAGCAAAUCAAAAUUAACCAUAACGACAUUUAUAGCAUUAACAAUACACUCAUUUGAGGAUGGCGUUGAAAUAUCAAGUGCUUUUUCGUCAUCACAACACGUUGGGCUUUGGCUAUUAUAA